AUGGGGAAAACGUCGCGAGACAAGAGAGACAUAUAUUAUCGACUGGCAAAGGAGAACAAAUGGAGAGCAAGAAGCGCGUUCAAGUUGAUGCAGAUUGAUGAUGAAUUUCAGAUUUUGAAGGGUGUCCGCCGAGCAGUCGAUUUGUGCGCCGCUCCUGGAAGUUGGUCGCAAGUUCUCUCGAAACGUCUUUUCGAGGAAGACAAAGAGGCAAAAAUCGUGGCGAUCGACUUGCAACCAAUGGCACCAAUUCCAGGAGUGAUUCAACUGCAAGGAGAUAUCACAUCGGUUGAUACAGCUAAUCAAGUCAUUGAGCACUUCUCCGGAGAUAAAUCGGACAUUGUGAUUUGCGACGGAGCUCCAGAUGUUACUGGAAUUCACUCACUCGAUGAAUUCAUGCAGGCUGAAUUAAUCCUGGCUGCUUUCAAUAUCACAAGCCACGUGCUUCGCCCAGGAGGAAAUUUCCUUGCGAAAAUCUUCCGCUCUCGAAACUCAUCCCUCCUCUACGCUCAAAUGAAGAGAUAUUUCAAGAAGGUCUACCUCGCCAAACCGAGAAGCUCUCGUCAGUCGAGUUGCGAGGCAUUCGUGCUCUGUUUGGACUACUCUCCACCAGAGGGAUUCGUUCCGACGAUGGGAAGAUCAUCGCUAGAAAUCACAGACGCUUCCGGUGUCACUGCAGAGAUUAUCGAUGGAUUUGUGACGUGUGGAGAUUUGAGUGGAUGGGAUAGUGAGAAGUCGUACCCGUUGGAUAUUCAUGUCAGUUUUCCGAGAGGAGAAUCGACUGAUGAGGACAGAAAUCGCUACGAGUUCAAAGACGUCGUCCAACCCCCCACUGACCCAGCUUACAAAGAGGCGCUCGAGAUGAAAAAGACCGGAGUUUUCAGCAAUAUGAACGCGGAAUUGCAAAGAGAGCUCAAAAACGAAUCCAUUCGUGGCAAGAAACAGAAGAAGAUAAAAGAAACUGAAGAGGAAGCUGCAAAGGAUGACACCGCGGCAGUGACGGAACAGUUGGAAGCCGCAAAUAUCGAUGAAUGA